GUUUCGAAAACGAAUGUCGUCUCCUCUUUCUGGAAAUGGUUUCAUCCAGACAGGUAUAAUAACCACGGGCUUCCACGCAGACCCUGCAAUAUUACUCGUCGCUCGGCUGUUAGGGAUAGGAUGUUACAAUCAAAACAGGACACAGCAAACCCGAUGACAUCCACAACUUUGUCCUAUAUCUUCAGCUUUGAUAUAUGCCAGUUAUACAUUACUUACUCAGACAGUCCAACAUUGGCGGUUGAAGAAAGUUGAUUUUACGAAACGUUCUGAUCCAAACUCAUGACUGCUUGUUCUUCCGUCAGCGCAACACUUAAAGUAAGUGGAGAUGAAUUCUACAUUUGUGAACCAGACAGAUCCUGGGCUUUAUUCGAACACAAAUGACACUCUGGAAGGUAUUCUCAAAUGCUGUAACUUCACGUCAGUUGUGACAGAUGAUGGUUUUGUGGUUAAUACAACUCCAGAUGAAAGGAGUCUGUACAUCAUGAGAGUUGUCCAGAUUGCAGUCAUGUGUGUUCUCUCACUUACUGUCGUCUUUGGCAUCUUCUUUUUGGGCUGCAACCUACUAAUUAAGUCGGAAGGGAUGAUCAACUUUUUAGUGAAGGACAGAAGAUUUUCUAAAGAAGUGGAAGCAGUCGACGUUGGUCCUUACUAGAAAACUGAUUUGAGGAGAAUUUUGGACGAAAGCAAAUGUCAUUUGCUGCCUUUCCCAUGACUUAAUCCGCAAGAUCAUCCUGAUGAUUGUAGAGAAGCCACAAACUUGGACAAAGCCAGAUCUGUUUUAGAUAUCGCCGAGAGUCACAUGAUAAUGCGAAUUCUGAAGUGCUGUUCAGAACUUUGAAUGUUAGAAAUCAAUUUGAAGCCGGGAGAUGGGUUCUAUGGUAUUCUGUAUAGGACUUCGUUAGCUCUCCUUUCUUUCCUGAAAGGUUCAACUGUUUUCCUUUGGCCAAAGCAGAUUGUAAAGAAUGUAGAUUUAAAAAAAAAGAAAAACGCAAAGGACACAAACUUGAGUAGGAAAUUGCAAGGAAGAACUAAUUUAUUUAUUUAUUUUUCUUAUUAAAUUAAUCAUAAUUGUGUAUUUUAUUUAUUAAACGAAGAGAUGUAAGAGAUUGCGUCAUUUGACUACAAUGUUUGCUUUCUCCUUUUUCAGAAAAAAAGAUGAAUGUUUCCAUUGCAUUUUUAUAAAAUGUUCAAUUUUAAUAUUUCACUAUUUUGUGGUGGCACAGCACCAUGUAUUUUUCUGAGCUUUCGUCACUUUGUUUAUUCUUGCACGAACUAUUGUAUUGUGAAUAAAAACGUUUAUGUUACUGGUCUAUUUUAAUAAAAUGCCUCCCGAGAUUAUAUUCAGAAAUGUCUUUUU